CCUGAUCUGAUGAACCCUACCGAUCAGAAGAAGAACUGCGUGGCUGGCUGGAGAAGGCAGGAGAGAAAAACUGACACGUGGAUUACUCCUCCUAGGGCAUCAGGAAAAACAGUCUCCCUCCUCUAGCUCAGUUCCGCGACCGUCGCCUGUGUACCCGCCAGUCUCUCAGGUUAUGGAUUCAAAUGCCGACGUAUCCAAGGUAUGACCGCGCAGAUACUUCGUGAGGAGGUUCGUCUUCUUGUAAACGUUUACUUUCCCCACUGACUGACUGAUCGACCGAAAAGAGACGGAAAGUAAAUAGCCGAAGCGACUUAUAGGAGGCUGCCGUUACCUCGCGUUGAAUGGCAAUUAUUCAAAAAUAUGGCAAGAACUAUGGUCCAGAUUUGGUCUGUCACAAGGAAAACCAUCCGUCUGACAAGAUCGGAGUCCCUGGAUGUCAUAAGAAGUGGCCUGAACACAACACCAACUGGUCGAGGCCAGUGGCGAGGGUAUGGACGGUGGUGCUGCUGCUCGGGACAUGCCUCCUUUACUGCGCCCGUGUGGCGAUGCCUAUCUGCGCCGUCAGCAUGGCAGAGCAGUUCAACUGGACCAAGAGGGAGUCCGGCAUGGUGCUGGGCAGCUUUUUCUGGGGCUACUGCUUCACCCAAGUGUUUGGAGGCUACGUCAGCGACCGGGUGGGAGGUGAGAAGGUCCUUCUGCUGUCUGCAGCAGCCUGGGGGUCAAUGACAGCUUUCACCCCCAUCCUGGCUCACUUCUGCUCCCAGCCAAUCCUCUCCAUGACACUGGCCCGCUUUCUCAUGGGCCUAUUGCAAGGAGUUCAUUACCCUUCUCUUGCAAGUCUGUGCUCUCAAAAGGUGGUGGAAAGUGAGAGAGGCUUCCUCAUGAGCACUGUGGGUAGUGGCUCCUACCUGGGCACUCUGGUGAUUGGAGGAGCUGGCUCCCUCAUGUUGGACCUUUAUGGCUGGGAGAGCGUUUUCUAUGUCUCUGGUCUCCUCUCAGUGCUGUGGGCUUACUGCAUGUGGAAAUAUCUACUCAAAGGAGAAGGGCCUAUCAUCACCCUCGAGUCCCUGGGAAGUGGUGGGCCCCAGUCCAAACUGUCCAAGAGACACUGGUUACGACUCUUCAAACAACCUGCAGUCUGUGCUGUCAUCGUUACACACCUUUGCACAGCGAGCACCUUCUUCACUCUUUUGUCGUGGCUGCCAACAUUCUUUAAAGACACCUUCCCCGAUGCAAAGGGUUGGGUGUUCAAUGUCAUUCCCUGGUUGGUCGCCAUACCCUCAUCCCUCUUCAGUGGGUGUCUGUCUGACCACCUCAUCAGUCAAGGCUUCGAUACAGCCUCAGUGAGGAAGUUGAUGCAGUUUUUCUCCAUGGGUGUGUCCAGUGUGUUUACCCUUCUUCUAUGUGGCAACACCACCUUCCCCUGGGCUGUAGCAUUUGUGUCUGCCACCAUGGGCCUCACCACCUUCAGUCACAGCGGGGUGUCGGUAAAUGUUCAAGAUCUUGCUCCCUCUUGUGCUGGAGCAUUAUUUGGCGUUAUGAAUACAUGCGGUGCUUUCUCAGGGGUCCUAAUGGUGUAUUUCUCGGGGUAUCUCAUCGAGGCCACAGGAUCGUGGGCGUCUGUAUUUGCUCUCAUCACCACAGUCAACCUGCUGGGCCUCUGCACCUUCCUGGCUUUCGCUGAGGCCCGCCGGGUCGACAUUGACUCUAGUAAGGUGCGCCACCACAACAUCCACAUCUAAAUCAUUUGUCACCAGAGGGACCAGAAUGCCAUUAUUCCCCAAGGGAGAGGUGACCUUGGGCAACCAGCAACUUGGACAUUAUCCACAUUGGAGAACUAGCCAAUGGAUAGCAAGUGGCACAUGGACAAAGCCUUCAUACAACGUCUGGGAAACUUUGUUUAGCUCUGUGCCUGGUUGAGGAAGUACUGCAACAGUUACUGAAAAGCACACAACAGUCUGCACAAUGUCACUGAAAAAUCUUACGGCGCUAGAGCAUAGAAUCAUAGAAAAACACAGCGUGUGUUAAUGGAUGCCCUGUCAGUCCUGAAAGGUAACCAGAGAAAAAAGUCUACUCUACCUCCAGGUCCCAGCUUGUGCAGCGGAUGGUGGUUACAGACUCGCUGGGCUACUGUUUACGCUUGUUACAGAAUGUGUUACCUAGGACUAGAAAAGUCUCAGAGGUUGUUAUCUGAAAGCAGUAGCUCACUUUUUUGGUGUGUUUGCGUCUGUGUGUGUGUGUGUGUGUGUCAAAGGAGCUGUGAGAGUGAUGAAUGUGUUAGUCUCAGGAGCUCUCUGACAGCUGUGACAGACCAAGGUGGUGUGUUCUUACCCUGCGGGCAUGGGGGAGGCGGUGUGUUUGAUGCGGGGAGAGUCCAGCCUCUCAUACCUGAAGUCUUUUAUUAGUAUGCCCUAUUCACCCAUCUCUAAGUGAACUGUCUGAGUGACACCUCAUUACCCAGCCACUAAUUACUUGGCAGGCGCUCCAAUGUCCAGUACAAUUUACUUCUACGGUCCCCAUCUCCAUGGUUACAAGCUCAUCUGUUCGGUUACAGUUCAGAGGGGGUUACAGAAAGCUUUAUGGCAACAGGGCAUUGACUAAGUACAUUCUCCCUGAUUGUUGUCUUGCAGAAUAUGUUUGGAGUCAGAAGACCAAAGGCUAUUAAUUAUUUUAAUUUCCUUUCUAUGUGAUUGCAUGUAAUAGAAAUACCUCACUUAAUUAUUUUGUGUACUUAUAUAUUUAUAUGGCUUAAUGAUAUUUAAUUGUCAAUUUCAUUUUUUGAGAGAAAAAAAUAUAUUCAGUUAGAUAACAGAAAAAGAAAUAUAUUGGGUAAGAUUAUGGAAAAUCAUAGUAAAUUAUCAAAAGUGUGAUGCAGUAUGGAAAACCCCAGUAGACUUGUUCACAUAAUCAUCUUCAACUUUUUGUGUUUAAAGAUCCACCCUUAUUAUCGUACAUAACAUCAUUGUUCCUCUAGACAGGAAGUGAAGUGAAGUCAGUAUUUGGGGAGGAGACUCUUAGCAGAGUGAGGAUCCCAUUCAUUUGUCAUGGCGGUCUCAGACGAAGUGUCUUUACACUCUGUCUCAUUAAGGCAAUUUUAAACACAGCAGUCUCCAUGUUACACGCUGGCAUGAUGAAUGUUGUAGGACGAGUGAAAGGAUUAAAAAUGAUGUCUUGGGGUCAACAUUUGAUGUUAUGUUAAUAUUGCAAAGUAUGUAGCAGCUGCAUAGUUCUGGCUGAAUGUUGAAGUGAUUGUUUGCAGCAUUUAGCUUUGGCGUUCACAACAAUUUCUGUUUUACAUGUAGGAGAUUUCAUUCCCAGUCCAGAAGCUUACUUGACAUGUGUACCUUAAAUCUAUGCAUCUAUUAUUUUGUGCCUAAUUUAAGCAAUGAGAGAACGUUUGUAUGAGUUUUGUUGCUUUUGUGUCACUUGUCAUUGUUAUUUACAUACAAAGGCACAUAGGCUUAUGAACAUUUCAUCUUUACAGAUCAAAUUUCUGAAAUGUCUGUUAUAUUUCUUACAUAGCCAUGGUUAGUGGUUACAAAAAUAUAGGUAUAAGAAGCUAGCUAUGCUAUAUAGCAUAAGUGAUAUCUAAUCUGAAAUCUGACAAUGAUGUCAUUUUGAAUCUGUACACACUAUGUUUUAUAGUGAUUGUACACAAAGCAUAUGUCUAGACCUUUCAGAUAUAGAAACGUGUUUAUAUAAGACUACUGUAUGAAAUAAUCAGCCUUCAUUUUUUUUAGCAUUUUGUUUUUGGUCACCAAAGCCACACAUUGCUGAGAUUUCUAACUCGCCUUAGCAGAUGUGCAUUAUUUACUGCCUUCAUUGCUUGUCCCAUAUUUCAGUUGCUGUGUUGAUGUCCUGCCGAAUGUAAACAUUUAGAUGAUAAAUAGCUGGAGUCCUGUUCACCAACAUAUCUCACUGUAGGUUCCUGAAAGCCUUCUGACAAAUAGUUUUUAAUAAUGUGUAAGAUAUGUAUGAUAAAAAAUGCAAGAAAAUGCAGUAUUCAAAUGCUUUUAAGAUAUGUUGUAUUUAAAAGCAUAUAUUAACUUUGAAUAAAAAUAUAUUUU